AAGAAUUGAAAAAAACCGCAUAAAAUUGUGAAAAGUGCACAAAUUACGUUUAGAAUAGCCUUAAAUCCAAAUUUAAACGCAAAUUUUCGGUAAAACUUCAUUAAAAACACGACUAAAGCAACAGUUAAAUAAGUUAUAAACACCACAAUAAGAACAACAACAGAGCAGCAGCAGCAGCAAGUGGAUACCAAACUCAAUGGCCGCCACUACAACAACAACCACAACAUUAGCAACAAACACCAACAACAUAAGCCACAACAAUAACAUUAACAACAGCCACAACACUAUCAGUACCAAUAACAAUCAUAUUGUAACGGUGCACACCGUCUUGAACACACCCACCUCCGCCGCAGCAGCUGCAGCAGCAGUCGCAUCUAGCGGCGCUGCCGACGCAGCAACUGUUGCCGCAGCCAAGGACAUGCUGCAGUUGCAUCAUAAUCAUAGCUCUGCAGCGCUGAACAACAACAACAACAAUAACAAUACCAACAACAAUAGCGCCGAUUUGGCCAACAAUCAAAAUAGCAACAAUAACAAUAACAAUUCAACAAACCACCCACCUGCCCAUGUAGUUGCCUCUAAUUCUUCGCCAUCGAAUGCCUAUGGCGUGCUGCGCUUUAACGAGGACCUGCUGCACAUAACGGACGAGGUGACCGUCAUUGGUCGCAACUCUUCCACAUCACUGGUGCACUUCAAUGUGGCCGAGAACAAUCUGGUCUCUCGCAAGCAUUUCCAGGUUAUUUACGAUCCGGAGCAGCGCGCCUUCUUUGUCCAGUGCCUCAGCAAGAACGGCAUAUUUGUGGAUGAUUUUCUGCAGCGACGCAAUGUCGAUGCGCUCCGGCUUCCACAAAGCUGUUUCUUUCGAUUUCCAAGCACGGAGAUACGCAUAGAGUUUGAAAGCUUUGUCGCAGCACCCGCGGAUUUGGAUAGAACCGAUGGUGCGGCUGCAGCCACUGCGCUUAGCAGCGCGUCGGGACCAGCGGGGUCAGCUGGUGCGCAUGUUAUAAUCACGCCCUCGCCGCGGGAUGAGCUUCAUUCACUGCACUCGUCGCAUCACAAUCAGCAGCAGCAACAACAGCAGCAGCAGUCGGCACAUCAUCUGCCGCAGCAGCAACAAUCGUUGUCGUCACAUCAUCCACUUCCGCAUGCACCACACCACCCGCUUCACCACACAACGCAACAGCAACAGCGACUGCCAGGAGCGCCGACAUCAGCGGCGACAGCUCACUUACUGCCUGGUGGCAACGAUGCUUCCGGUAUCUACUCACCGCUCAAGAUUUCAAUACCCAAGAAGGAACAAAAGAGUCCCUAUCUAUCACCAACUGGUACAAUCAGCGCUGCCAAUAGUUGUCCGGCUAGUCCACGUCAGGGCUUCCAUCAGAGUCAGAGCAAUAACUACAAUAAUUACAGCAGCAACAAUACGCAGGAUCUAUUCCAAACACCAUCGACGGCCAGCUACAAUGUCAAUGAGAAGCCGCCGUAUAGCUACGCACAGUUAAUUGUUCAGGCCAUAUCUGCCGCACCUGACAAGCAGCUUACGCUCUCUGGCAUUUAUUCAUUCAUUGUCAAGCAUUAUCCAUAUUAUCGCAAGGAGACCAACAAGGGCUGGCAAAAUUCCAUACGUCAUAAUCUCAGUUUGAAUAGGUAUUUCAUCAAAGUAGCGCGGUCGCAAGAUGAGCCUGGCAAGGGUUCGUUUUGGCGCAUUGAUCCAGACAGCGGUGCCAAGCUGAUUGAUCACAGCUACAAGAAGCGACGCCAGCGCAGCAGUCAAGGCUUUAGACCACCUUAUGGCAUGCCACGCUCGGCACCCGUCUCGCCCAGUCACAUGGAUAACUCACGUGAGAGCUCACCUCUGCAGGAUAUUGUGUUGCAAUCAGCGCCCGGCUCACCCGGGCUGUCGCUCGAACAGCGCAACGCCGAUGCUGAAAUCAUCUACAGCUCUCAGACUGCACACCAGCAACAGCAGCAGCAGCAGCAGCAACAGCAACAACCACAGCAGCAACAGCCACAGACGGUGGUUAACAAUUCCAAUCAAUACAGCACCAUUGGCAGCCCGUACUUUAUUACUAAUCAAAGCGGUGGCGUAACUGUGCAACAGGCGCAAGUAGAUACCGCAACUGGUGGCGGGAGCGGAGUGGGUGCCUUGAUUGCACUUAAACGAAAUCAUGUCAUGGCCGUAUCGCAUGCUGGACCAACGUCUAUACACCAGCAGCAGUCGCAGCAGCUCCAGCAUCAUUCAGAGAUUAUUUACGAGGAGCUGCCCACAGAUUACAGCGGUCAUAUGGAGGCCGGCGCUGAAGAGGAGUGCGUUGCAUCGGACGCCAAGCCCACCGUGGCCAAGCGCCCCAAAUAUGUCUCAGAGGUGCUCUGAUGCGUGCGCAUACAGAAGCACAGUCAAAACAAAGGCAAAUAAUAAUUAAUGCAAGCAAAACAAAAACGCAGAGAAACGGCGCGACGUGAAGCAGAGCACGAUGUGAAACUCAAAGAAAUUGUAAGAAGUCAAGCAAAGCAAAGCCCACUUGAAGGAAUUUUCCAGAAAGCAUGAAAACAAAACAAGUAUAUAUUCAUCUUGUAUAUUGAAUUUGCCACUCCCACAAAAAAUAAUCACAAAGGCACGCAUAAAAUAAUAUUAUAAUAAUGGUAAUUGAAAAGAUAAAAACUUAAAUUGUUUAGACAAUUUGUAAAAAAAAAAAAGAAGAAAAAGCAAAACAAAUUUGUUGUUUUAUAAUAGAACAGUGAGAUUGUGUUUUUAUAUGUUGACCGUAAAACGGUAAAGCGUCGUGCACAUAAUACAGUUAAAAAAAAGUCCUCAUGAUUACGAUUUAACCCUUAGCUCUGACGAAUUCAAUAUGCUCGAUGACGCUACUCUCUAAGUACAUACAAUAAAUUCUAAGAUUUAAAUCGAAGUAAUUCAAAUACAAAUUACAAGAAACAAACAAAUUCAUGCAUACAUUAUAUAUAUUAUAUAUGUAUAUAGAAAUAUAUACGAUUUAUUAUUGUAAAAUGAUGUUUAAGAUGUUAUAGCUAUGUGACCGAAUGCGAGAGGAAAAAGAAAUAAUUAUGUAUUUGUAAAGUCAUGCAAAGUAACAAACAAACAGGCGAAUGAAUAUUAUUACCUAUCUACAUACCUUUACCUAUAUCGAUUUAAACAUAAAUAAAUA